AAGAUAGAGAAAAAUAGAUAACAUAAAGUCUCCACCACAAAGUCCAUAGACACCCAAGAUUUUCUAAGUCCUAAAAGGUUCACAAGCAAAAACCCCAUCAUCACCAACAAUGGUGUCUCUGCAAAACUCACCCUCAGUCCACAGAACAUCAUUGUUCCUCAACUCUUUCCCUCAGUCACAGAAGCACAGCACGUUACCUUGUUGUAGAAGAGCUGGCAUUUCUUUUCUCAUUAAAGCUGAACAAGCAGCUAGUUCCUCAACUGGGUCUCUUUCUCAAGAUAGACCCGGGAGACGCCAAGUGCUAGCUAUUGGGGCAGUUGCCCCUGGGGUUUUUCUGGUCAAUCAAAAUUCCAAAUCCUUUGCUGCAGAAACUAAGAAGGGAUAUUUGUCAGUCACGGACAAGAAAGAUGGAUACUCUUUUGUUUAUCCAUUUGGGUGGCAGGAAGUAGUGGUUGAAGGUCAAGACAAGGUUUUUAAAGAUGUCAUUGAACCAUUAGAAACUGUUAGUGUGAAUGUGAUCCCAACAAGCAAACAGGACAUUCGAGAACUUGGGUCAGCACAAGAGAUUGCCGAAACAUUGAUCACAAAGGUCUUGGCCCCUCCUUCCCAAAAAACAAAGCUAAUUGAGGCAGCAGAGCAUGACGUUGAUGGGAAAGCAUAUUACACAUUUGAGUUCAUUGCUAAGGCUCCAAACUACACUCGCCAUGCUCUCAGCACAGUCUCCAUAGGCAAUGGUAAGUUCUACACUUUGACUACAGGGGCCAAUGAGAGGAGGUGGGAGAAGAUGAAAGACAAAUUGCACACGAUCGUUGACUCCUUCCAACUUUUCAAUGUUUGAUGUUAUCAUUCAAUUUUCUCAUUUCCAUUAGGAAGAGACCAUUUUCUGAACUGCGAGUGCAUUUUCCUGAAUUGUCCAAGAGCCAAUACUAGUUAGUAACUAGUACUGUUCAAUUUUUACAUACUAAGAAGCAGUGCAUUGAUGAGGAAUGGCUAUAAUGAAAUUACAUUGAAAGUUAUAUAAUCUAUGUGCAGGAAAGCAUUUUUGCCAAA